AUGUCACGCAUAUACACUCCACGAAACUUACACCAUGGACUGCGGUCGGUGUUGAGAUCGCGCCCGGUGACAUCCCCAUCGCGGACGCCGCGGUCCUUCUCCACUACCCUGCAGCGACCGUUGAUGGAGUUGACCGGGUUCACAGAGGAGCAAUUGACCGUCCGCGACGCCAUUUCAGCGAUCUGCUCCAAAUUCCAAAACACAUAUUGGCAAGAAUGUGACCAACAAGAGCGUGAUCCGAAGGAUUUCCACGCCGCCCUAGCAAGGGACGGAUGGUUAGGAAUUGCGCUCCCGGAGGAGCACGGCGGAGCGGGAUUAGGUAUCUCGGAAGCCACCAUGAUGAUGCAGACCAUUACCCAGUCCGGUGCUGGUAUGGCAGGUGCUCAGUCCAUCCACGCCAACGUGUAUGCGACCCAACCACUCGCCAAAUUCGGCACCAAGGAGCAGCUCGAGGAAACCAUCCCCAAGAUCAUCAACGGCACCUGGCGAACGUGCUUCGGAGUCACCGAGCCCAACACCGGCCUAGAGACACUGAAACUCAAGACCCUCGCCCGGAAGCACGAAGACCGAGACGGGUACUCCGUCACCGGCCAAAAGAUCUGGAUCACCUGCGCGCAAGUAGCAUCCAAAAUGAUCCUCCUCGCACGGACCACACCUCUCGAAGAAGUCCAAAAAUCCAACCAGGGGUUAUCGAUGUUCUGCAUUGACCUCGACCGCACGAAGCCGGGGUUGGACAUGCGCAAGAUCAAAAAAAUGGGCGGUCGCGCCGUGGACGCCAACGAGGUGUUUUUCGAUAACUACGAUAUCCCGUCGAGUAGCCUGAUCGGGCAGGAAAACGACGGAUUUAAAAUCAUCCUGCACGGUAUGAACGCGGAGCGGUGUCUGCUUGCCGGCGAGGCUUUGGGGCUGGGCUACGCUGCACUGGAACGGUCUGCAGAAUAUGCCCGUGAGCGCGUGGUUUUCGGACGGCCGAUUGGACAGAAUCAGGGGAUCGCGCAUCCCCUGGCAGACGCGUACAUGCAGCUCGAGGCAGCUAAGCUGGCGACGUACCAUGCGGCGCGGCUAUACGAUGCGUCGACGACGGACGAGUCGAUCCCCUUCCACUCGGUGGGUGUGGCCUGCAACAGCGCGAAGUAUCUGGCAGCGGAGGCAGCGUUCAAGGCCUGCGAGCGUGCAGUCCUCAGUCAUGGCGGCAUGGGAUACGCGAUGGAGUAUGACGUGGAGCGAUAUCUGCGAGAAUGUUUGGUGCCGCGGAUCGCGCCUGUGAGUCGCGAGAUGAUUCUCAAUUAUGUGAGCGAGAAGGUGCUACAGCUGCCUCGUAGCUACUGA